AUGAACCCUUAUGUAUUAGUUAUUUUAUUGUCCAGCCUGGGAUUAGGAACCACACUAACCUUCGCAAGCUCCCACUGACUACUAGCCUGAAUAGGAUUAGAAAUUAAUACCUUAGCUAUUAUCCCUCUCAUAGCGCAGCAACAUCACCCACGAGCAGUUGAGGCUACAACUAAGUAUUUUCUUACCCAAGCAACAGCCGCAGCAAUAAUUCUAUUUGCAGCUACAACAAACGCAUGAUUAGUAGGAGAAUGAGACAUUAAUAGCCUAUCCCACCCACUAGCAUCAACACUAGUAAUUGCAGCAUUAGCCCUAAAAAUUGGCCUGGCCCCCGUACACUUUUGACUUCCAGAAGUCCUUCAAGGACUAGACCUACUAACAGGACUAAUUUUAUCCACGUGACAAAAACUAGCCCCGUUUGCACUAAUUAUUCAAGUUGCCCCAACGAUUGACCCCUACCUCCUCUCAUCCUUGGGCCUCCUGUCAACCCUUGUGGGAGGGUGAGGUGGCCUAAACCAGACCCAAUUACGAAAAAUCCUUGCAUAUUCUUCUAUUGCUCACAUGGGUUGAAUAUUAAUUGUUCUACAAUUUGCCCCCCAAUUAACCCUCCUAGCCCUAGGAACCUACAUUUUUAUAACAACCACAGCAUUCCUCUCAUUCAAAGUAUCACAAGCCACAAAAAUUAAUACACUCUCAGUAACAUGAACAAAAAACCCAACCCUCAUGGUAAUUACAACCCUAGCAAUACUCUCCCUAGGAGGACUCCCCCCACUAACUGGGUUUAUACCCAAAUGGCUUAUUCUUCAAGAAUUAACAAAACAAGAACUUCCCCUCACAGCAACAAUUAUGGCCCUGGCAGCCCUAUUAAGCCUAUAUUUUUAUUUACGACUGUGUUAUGCAAUAGCCCUAACAAUUUCACCCACCACAACCAACUCAACCUUACCAUGACGAACCCCUAAUACCCAAUCAACUCUUACUCUAGCCCUAACCUCAUCAAUUGCCUUAGGACUCCUCCCAAUUACCCCAGCCAUCCUGGCACUGGUUACCUAA